GUAUUCACUUUGCUGAUUUGUUGUGUGUGAAAAUUUUUAGUGCCAAUUCUUUACCGUUCUUAACUGUUUUUCUUGGUUUUCUAUUCUGUUGCCAAUUUUUUUAAAUUAAUAUGCAAACCACAAAACGUGCCAAAAAGUCAAAAGGGCGAGCUGCGCCCAAGGUUACCGCCGUCACGGUGCCGCUGCAGGCGUCCCGCCGUAUGGUCAUACCACGUCCGGAUGUGCUGCACACCUAUCUGGAGUACAGCCAGAUCAAUCAGUAUUUGGAGUAUAUUGUGCAUCGAUAUUCGAAUUUCGUCAAGCUUUACACGCUGGGCAUCACGCACGAGAAGCGCGAGGUGCGCGCCGUGGAAAUCAAUUGGAUGAACGCCGACAAUGUGGAGCUGUCGUCCGUGAUGCGCAUGCAGGCGGCCAAGAACGCCGAGCAGCACAAGAACAGCGGCGCCAAGGGUCCCAUGGUGCUGUCGGGCGAUAAGAACCGCAAUAUCAUAUUCAUAGAGGCGGGCACACAUGCGCGCGAGUGGAUUACGGUCAGCACGAGUCUCAAUUGCAUUUACCAGCUGACGGAGCGAUAUACGCGGAACAUCGAGCUGCUGCGCAAUCUGCGCUUCAUCAUUGUGCCGCUGGUGAAUCCUGAUGGCUACGAAUACUCGCGCACCAAGAAUCGCAAUUGGCGCAAGAAUCGACGCCCGCAUAAGGCCUCCAAGAUUGUGGGCACCGAUUGCAAUCGGAACUAUGAUAUAUUCUGGGAAUGCGGGCCCACGAAAACGCAUCGCAACACGUACAAGGGUGAACGACCCUUCUCGGAGCCGGAGACACGUGCCAUGCGCAACAUACUGGACAGCUUGGCGCCGAAUCUGUUGUUCUUUCUGUCGCUGCACUCCUACGGCCAGAGCAUCAUGUAUCCGUGGGGCUAUUGCCGCGAGGCGCCGUAUUAUUGGCGCGAAUUGCACACAUUGGCUACAACCGGGCGAACCGCCAUCAAGUCGUACAAUGGACGCGAAUAUCGUACGGGCAGCAUCAGCUGCCUGACGAAACGCACCAUUGCCGGCUCCGUGGUGGACUAUGUCUACGGUGUACUGAAGUCGCCAAUGGCGUUGGUAAUGGAGCUGCCGUCGCGCGAGCUGGGCUUCCAGCCGCCCGUCGAAAUGAUCAGUCAGAUUGGACACGAGAGCUGGUUCGGCAUACGUGAGAUGUGCAAGAGUGCAUUCGAUUUGCGGCAGCGCAUCCGGCGUGACGAGGAGCCCAUGGCGCCCAAGCCGCCAGGUGCCAGCAAUUCCGGCGGCGGCGAUAGCCCCUCCAAUGUUAGCAACAGCGAGGGUAAAAAGAAAUCACCGCAAAAGAAGAAGAUCAAGAAGCGUUCCAAGCGUUCGUUGCUUACGCAACAUGCCGAAAUCCUAGAGCUGCAGAAGCGGCAACCGAUGCGACGGGCAAAGACGGCGCCGCUGAGAACACGUGAUGGACACGGCGAUGGGCCAUCCUAAUUGACUGACUACUGACUAGGCGAUGUGUGUGUGUGCGUGGAUACAUAUAUGUAUUAAAAGUAUAGACAGACGUCCUGGGCUUGGUCCCAAAGUUUA